AUGCUAAAAGUACAAGAAAAUUUUUGUAUUUUCAGAAUACAAGGAAGACUUUUUAGAGAUAAAGACCUCUUGAAAAUACUAAUAAAGAAGGAGCCUUUAGUUAAAGGAAAGAUUCUUUUUUUAAAAAAACGUAGACAGAAGGACACACCGUUUACGAAGAUUACAGUUACUAAACUACAAAGAAAAAUGUUAUUAAAUACUGUUAAAAGCCGUAGUUUUAAAGUAUUUUACAACAAGAGAAAUAAAUUAGGUAUACCUAAUCAUGACAUUAAAGAGACGAAAGAGAAAAUAAAACUCUUAAGUCUCGAUAUCAACCAUCUCUCUAACAAGAGAGAAGAGCUUGAGGUUCUCUUGAAGAAGGGGAAAAUAAAAAUUAUGUGCCUACAGGAAACUUAG